AUGGGAGGAUGCUUCUCCAAACCCAAACCAGUUGAAGUUAAAGUGGAACUCUCUCUCCUGGAAAAAGAAAAAGAGGUGGACGGGCUGUCACCUAAUGGCAAAGCGAGUCCCUUUGCUGACUGCAGACCUAAUGGGGCCUUGGGACACGGCUCUGAUGACGACUCCACCCCGCUGCCCCUCUACCACAAACCACGGGACUAUGUGGAGGCCUCUGUCUGUCAUGUUAAAGAUCUGGAAAAUGGACAGAUGCGAGAGGUGGACUUGGGAAGUGGCAGAGCUUUGUUGAUCAAAGAGCACGGCGAGUUCUCAGCCAUGGGCCACAAGUGUCCUCACUAUGGAGCACCACUUGUCAAAGGUGUGUUAUCAAAGGGACAUGUGCGCUGUCCCUGGCACGGUGCAUGUUUCAACAUCGCAACAGGAGACAUCGAGGACUUCCCUGGGCUGGACAGUCUGCCUAUCUUCCAGGUCAGAGUUGAAAAGGACAAGGUCAUCAUCCGUGCAAACAAGCAGGCUCUUCAGUCACAGAAAAGGUCAAAGCCCAUGGCCCGGUGUUCAGCUGUCAUUAACUCCAGCACGAGCUUCAGCCAUGUUCUCAUCAUUGGCUCAGGUCCAGCAGCUUUGGUGUGUGCAGAGACACUGAGACAAGAAGGCUUCACUGAUCGCAUCGUCAUGUGCACCAUGGACAGACAUCCUCCAUAUGACAGGCCUAAACUGAGUAAGUCCCUAGAGAGCACAGCGGAGCAGUUGAGAUUGCGCUCUAUGGACUUCCUGCAGGAUCAUGACAUUGAACUGUUCACAGAGAAAGAGGCUGUGGCAGUAGAUGUUAAAACUCGAUCUGUGACCUUUGAAGAUGGCUGUAGGAUGGAGUACAGCAAACUCUUUAUUGCUACAGGAAGCAAACCCAAACCCAUGAACUACAAAGGCACAGAUGUCAGGAAUGUGUUUCACCUCAGGACGCCCGAGGAUGCCAACAGCGUAGCGAGGCUGGCCAACAACAAGAACGCUGUGAUUGUGGGAACAUCUUUUGUUGGUAUGGAGGUGGCUGCAGCUCUAACAGACAAGGCCCACUCAGUCUCUGUCAUUGGGAUUGAGUCAAUCCCCUUCAAAAAAGCGCUCGGGGAGAAAGUAGGGAAAGCCAUAAUGAAACUGUUUGAAACAAACAGGGUGAAGUUCUACAUGCUGAACGAGGUGUCAGAGAUGAUAGGCCAUCAUGGACAGCUGAAGGAGGUGGUACUGAAAAGUGGAAAAGUCCUGCGAGCAGACGUGUGUGUCAUUGGAGCAGGAUCUGUUCCUGCAACAAACUUCCUGAAACAAAGCGGCCUCCACAUGGACUCCAAAGGCUUCAUUACUGUCAACAAGUCGAUGCAGACAAAUGUUGAUGGUGUCUUUGCUGGAGGAGACAUGGUGACGUUUCCUUUCCCGCCACGCAACAAUAAGAAGGUGAACAUCCCUAACUGGCAAAUGGCUCAUGUGCACGGAAGAGUGGCAGCUCUCAGCAUGAUGGACAGACCCACUGAGAUUAAAACUGUGCCUUACUUCUGGUCAGCCAUGUUUGGGAAAACCAUACGCUAUGCGGGUUAUGGUGAUGGAUUUGAUGAUGUCAUUAUACAAGGAGAUCUGGAUGAGCUCAGAUUUGUGGCAUUUUAUACCAGGAGUGAGGAGGUGGUUGCUGUUGCCAGCAUGAACUAUGAUCCUAUUGUGUCCCGAGUGGCAGAGGUCUUAGGGUCCGGAAAGACGAUUAAGAAACGAGAUGUGGAGAUGUUAGCACGACUUGGCAAGACUGGAGACAUUUCUUGGUUGAUUGACAAAGGCUCCCAAUGA